CCCAUCAGUGUCCCCACUACCUGCAGGGUUCUCAGGGGCAAAGACCUUUAGCAUUUGUUUUAAUCUACCCACAGGAUAGUGCAUAGUCUAGACCUGGAACAUAAGAUAUACUUAAAUAUUUAAUAAGAAGUCUGAGUAACUAAUCUCCCCAGGAACAUACUUAUUCCACUUACUAGGGUGUGCCUGUAAAAUCAGCGCUUUAUGAAUUGUGGUCUGGAGACCUCUAGUGGUGGUCUGCUACUCACCAGAAGUCAAAAUCCAGAAGGAUGGACUGGAAAGGGCCAAACACCAGGACACAGGUAAGGCCUGGGAUGGGGGAAACAUGGAGUGCCGUGGCAGAGUAAGGAGCUAGAGAACUUUAAAAUGAAACAUUCUUAAAAGACCAAAAAAAAGAUAAAACUGCAAUCAGUUUAUUUGAAGGCAAUACAUAUGGAGAAAGCAAUUGUUUCCUAAUAAUUUUAUUGUAAAGUACAACAUAUCUAGUUCACAUUCCUUAGUAGCAUCCCACUUAGGUUUAAGUUUUUUCCAUUAAACAUAAGUGACUAGUUUUCUAAAACAUACUGCCAUUUCAGAGACUAUUAAAAAAUAGCACAAACAAUUUUAGAAAGAAACAAUCAUCCCUUUAUAUAUUCUAAGCAUCGAAGAUAAGAAGGUAAGUUCCUUCUACAUCAAAUUCACCAUCUUUUUCUCAAACAUAGUCAACUGUUAGGCUCAUCUGUCAAUCAUCAGGAAUCUCAGAAACUGCAGAUCCCAUUCUGGUAGAAAAUAAGUUAUGCUGGAGAGGCACCACUCUUUCAAAAUUAUACUGGGAGUCUCACACUUACAGGAAAAGUCUCCAUGAUCUUUGUUCUCUGUUGGGAAUCUUACUGGAUCCUGGACUCUGGAACCACCUUGACUGGAUUCAUAUCAUAGUUCAACGUUCUACUAGCUGGGUCAACUUAACUAAGUUACUUAACUUCUUGAUAUCUUUUCCUCCUUCAUGAAAUAAAAAUGAUAACAGUCUGAGUCAAAGCUGUAAAAGUAGACUCAUUAUACAUUUCAAGAAUCUAGAGAAUUUCAUGUACCUAGUAGGAAAUCAAGCAAUAUUUGCUAGUUAUUACAACUAAUGGUCUAAAAUUAUCCAGAAUGACCCAAGUAAGCCAAGAUUUGAUGUCUCUAAAAAGAACAAAAAAGCAUACAUACUUAAGAUAGAGCUUAUUGAUUCUUAAAUACGCUCUUAAAAGGCAUCUUUUUUCCUUGGUUUAUUAACUGAAAAAUAAUCACAAUCAAAAUUAUGAAUAUUUAAACUGCCCUAAAAAUAGGUAGGUGCCACAGAAGAAAUCCUUAACACAAAUCCUACUCAUCUAAGAACUGGAGAACAUUAAGGGAGAACUAUUAUUUUAUUUUUUCUUCAUAAUUUUGCAAAGACUCAAAAACAGCUGUGAGUAUACUUUGGGUUUGGACCAAAUGUUCUUGCAAGAAAGAACUUUGUGGGGGAAAAAAUCAUUUAUUUUAUUAUACAUAAAGCUCUUUAAAAAUCUAUUAAGCCUAUGAAACUUGAGGUUCUUUUGGUCAAUUUUAUAGUAAAAUGGGAGUUUAAAUUAAAUAUGGAAAUAAAGGGAGCUGCAAAGUGAGAGAUAGGAGCUGAGACACCUGAACAAGAUAAAAUUGUGCAUUUUUAUACACAAAGAGAACAAAAUCCAUUUCCCUGAGGCUUUCCCUCCUUUUCCACAUAUGGGAGUUAGGGGUGAGCAGAACAAGCCAUCCACCAAACUAGUUUCUCAACCAGUUAGAUCUCUGAACAAUAUUAACUACAGAGACAAUCCCUUGCUUUAAAGCAAAAAGUCUAUACUAUGGAAAGUAAAAAUAAAUGCAGCUUUCUGAAAACAGGAUGAACAUCAGCGAUACCAGGAACAAAAUCUUGGAGAAUAGUGAUUCCCACAGCAGCUGAGAUGCACCUAUUUUUGGUUUGAAACUCUACGGGCCCCUGCUUGAGUAAAUAUUUUCCAGUUAAUUCACUGUAUAGCUAGUACACUAUACACUGUAUUGGGGAGAUAAUGAUUUUAAAUAGAGUGAGGACUUACACCCAAAAUACACUCAUAAUCUACUAUUCUAGUUCCCUCUAUAACCACUCUGUCACCCACAAUCCAGUGUCCUCUAAUAGGACCCACACAUUUGCAAAGUGCCCACCUAAACUGACACUGCAUUAUAAAUGAUUGAGGAGAACAAUUACAGAGACAGCUUAGAAAGGAAACAAGACUUUUUCCAUUCAGUUUAUCUGUCUAUAAUGGUCAUAGUCUGUAACUAUUUACCAAGCUUUCAAUAAAGCACAUAGGUGGGCAAUUAAACAAUUACACACCUUGCUCAGCAAGGUUUGAGUGACAAGACAUUGUUUGAGGACACAAAAAAUGGCUACACAAAGCCACCAAACAAUCAUGCCAUAGCAUGACCUAGGGCGGGAGACAGAGCGGGCUGCACGGUCUGUCUGUGAACACCUGGAAGAGCAGUACUCUCUACCUCCACAGAAGUGGGGUCCUCAGUGGUGGCUUUGAGCCUAGGUAUAAUUCCCAUCCACUCCCUUUCAGUGGCUCCCCAUAUUUCACCUUCCCCAUUCUCAUUCAUCUAACCAACGUAGAAGAGAGAGAGAAGGAAGGCAAGAGAGAGAAACAGACUCUGAAUGAGAAUAAAUUUCCAUAGGGGAGAGUGCAGCACGUAAGUUAUUUCAAGACCUCAUGUUACUGCAUUCCUGGAAAAGUUAAGUAGGCAGCUGAAUGUUCUGCUCUUCCCAAAAGAAGCUGGGCAUUCAAGUCUUAUAGGAAAAUGAAAAUUCAUAGGAAAAAAACCCUGGUAUUAAUGGGAAAAUUAUAUAAUGAUUUACAUAAUUGUGUAUCAUAUAAUUACAGAUAAUCAUAUUACAGUCAUUGGCCCUCAUGAACACAAUGGCCACAUUUGAUUUUUACUUCUCUCUUUUUAGAUCUUCACAGAAUUCUAAGUCACUUCAAAUGUUGAAACAUAGCUUAAUAAUCAAUGGUAUAAACCUUGGAGCAUUUAUUGUAGCAAUGCUCUGUUGUGUUUGAUAACAUAAACAAGCAAGAUGGUCUUUUUCUGCAAUAAAAUAGAACAGAUCCUGGAAUGUAUCUGAUUGAAUUUGGCCAGCCCAAACCAUAGCCUCAACAAGCUUGGGGCAGAAUCUUGAACUAGAUGCUCCAGAACAAGUUGAGAAAAAUGUACAGGAAACAAUGAACCUAACCAACAGCCAGUCAUCACCACAUGCAAUUAUGUUCCUUUUCAGUACAUGCAUAAUGUUAAGUGGAAAAAAAUCUCAAGAAAAUAUGCUAGAGAUAUGUUCUUUCAGGUAGAUAUUUAUAUUACAAAUGUGUGUGUGGAAGGUUACCAUAAAACUACAUUUUACUUCUUUUUCACAUAUGAUCAUUAAGUCAGUGUUGAAAAUUCUAAUGCCUAACUGAAUAUAAUGUAUGGACUUUGCCUACACUCUAAUUCAAAAAAAUCCAUACAAAGGAACAGUUUCAGAGGCAUGAGAAAUUUGAAGUAGACUGGGUAUUACAUGUCCCCAAGGGAUUAUUAACAAUUAACUCCACUGUCAAUUAUUGUUCAUUACAAUUUGUUACUUUUAGGUGUGAUUAUGAUGCAAUGGUCAUGUCAGAAGGUGUCUAUACUUUUAAAAUAUACAUACUAAUGUAUGCCAGGGUGGAAUGAUAUCUCAGCUAAGGAAAAACAAAGCUAAACAAAGCUAAUGUGGCAAUUAUUGAACUUGGGUAAUGUACUUAAGCAAAGUCAUGUAUUUUCACAGUUUUAUAUAACUUUGAAAUUACUCAUAAUUUUUAAAACAUUUAAAAAGCAUUCUGUUGUCUAGAAACACCCUCAAAAUGGCUCUAUGGACAGGCAAGGGGCAAAAAUUGUAAUCUUUUUAAAAUGAAGUACAAAUUAAUGAAAUUGACAUUUUUUGGGUCUAUUCUUUUAUAUAGCUAUUCACAAUUCCAUCCAAUUUAAGAACAUUUUUAAAUGAAGACCCUGCUAAAAUUCUGUACCCAGUAAUGACUCAUAAUGCUUUAUUCCAAAGCAACAAAAUGCAUGUGCCCAAAAGACAUGUAAAAACAAGGGUGCCUUGCACAAAAAGCAGCUUUUUCCCUGAGACAAAUAUCUAAAACUCACGAUAUACUUUUCUAUCUCAAAGAUUUUUAAAAAUUAUUUUCUUUCUUUAGAGAAAACUGUAUCAUGAGCACACAGCUCAGCAAAAAUUCUGCAAAUAAUGCAUAGGUAAAAGAUAAGAGUACUUUCUCCCAGCCAAAAGGACUAACAGGGAAAAAUGAACAUUUCCAAAAGCAUUUGGAACCGUAUUCCAGCUACCUCUUUGCUCAGCUCUCUUUUGCCUCCCAAAAUAAGUCACUUAACUGUCUGUCAAAACAACUCUUGCCCAUUUCUACCUGAUCACAUUCCAGAGCUGCAGUUUCUCCUGGAUUCGCUUCACAAUGACAAGCUGCUCAAACAGACAGCACCUAUCAAACCGAAUAUGAUCAUCUGCUCCUUCCUUUUUUCCUUUUAGGGCAUACUGCUGUCCAUCAGGAGAAGUAAUUAAUGGGUUUAUUAUGUAUGAAAGCAUCAUCCCAUCAGUUUGCUGUCUGGUUUGAAUAGCUCAUAUCAGCUCUUCAUUCAUGCCAAGUAUGCUCACUGUCCGGAGAUAUGAUAAAGCCGUACCUCCUUCGGAUUUUUCCCUCACCAUUCACAAAACAGUGUACCAGGACUAUGUGUCUCAGAGGCACAAGGAGGACAGAAGAAGAAAUCCCUUCAUCCUCGACAGAAAGGAAGCUAAUGGACUGAAAAGUUGGUAAAGGGAAAAGCGAGGGAAGCAAGAGAGUGUAAGAGAACAUCCAUCCGUGCUUCAGCAGUCCGGAUAAUUUUUUCAAAGCACCGUGGUUUGGGAGCAUGUGUCAUUCUGAAAUAUGGACAGCAGAACUUUUCUAGAAGAUAAGAUGGCUAUAGAAAGAACCAGGAUUUCUCACUGCUGAAACAGUCAAUGAAUUUUUAAUAAGUUCUGAACAUUCAAGUCGUCUGUGGUCGAUCAACUGCUGUUGUCAGAUAAAGAAAGGCAAAAUUCACUUCUAUCUCUAUAAUCCUAUCCAAAUGGAAUCUCCAUCUAUUGCCUGCUGUCUGGACUAAUGCUACAGGAUCACCAGGAAUACAGAUAGACAGACACUGCAAGAAAUAAAACACAGUGGUGAAAGACGAAAGGGAAGUAGAGAAGGCAUUUCAGGUACUGAAGCUUACUAUUUCCAGCCAGAGUUCAAAUUACUGAGCUUCAAACCAACAACUGUCAGAAGUUGGCCAAGGAGAGGUGAGACAAGAGAACAGUCUAGUCCUACAACUUAAUCCUUGCACCAAGAUGGAAGGGGAAUCUUACCACAAUGCAACCACUGUCAAUGGCACCCCAGUGAAUCACCAGCCUCUGGAGCGUCACGGGCUGUGGGAAGUCAUCACCAUUGCUGCCGUGACUGCCGUGGUAAGCCUGAUCACCAUUGUGGGCAAUGUCUUAGUCAUGAUCUCCUUCCAAGUGAACAGUCAGCUGAAGACGGUUAACAACUAUUACCUGCUCAGCUUAGCCUGUGCAGACCUCAUCAUUGGGAUCUUCUCCAUGAACCUCUACACCACCUAUAUCCUCAUGGGACGCUGGGCUCUCGGGAGUCUGGCUUGUGACCUUUGGCUUGCACUGGACUACGUGGCUAGCAAUGCUUCCGUCAUGAACCUCCUGGUGAUCAGUUUUGACCGUUACUUUUCUAUCACAAGACCCCUGACCUAUCGGGCCAAGCGCACGCCCAGAAGGGCUGGCAUCAUGAUUGGCUUGGCCUGGCUGGUCUCCUUCAUCCUCUGGGCCCCAGCAAUCCUCUGCUGGCAGUACCUGGUUGGGCAGCGGACAGUACCAGCAGAUGAGUGCCAGAUUCAGUUCCUCUCAGAGCCCACCAUCACUUUUGGCACUGCCAUUGCUGCCUUCUACAUCCCUGUUUCUGUCAUGACGAUCCUCUACUGCCGAAUCUACCGGGAAACAGAGAAGCGGACCAAGGACCUGGCUGACCUCCAGGGUUCUGACUCCAUGGCCAGAGCCGAGAAGAGAAAGCCAGCCCACAAAGCCCUGCUCAGGUCCUGCCUCAGCUGCCCUCAACCCACACUGGCCCAGAGAGGAAGGAACCAAGCCUCGUGGUCAUCCUCCCACAGGAGCACCUCCACCCCUGGGAAGCCAUCCCAAGCCAGUGGCCCAAGCCCAGAGUGGGCGAAAGCUGAGCUGCUCACAACCUGCAGCAGCUAUGCCUCCUCAGAGGAUGAGGACAAGCCCACCACUGACCCUGUCUUCCAGCUGGUCUAUGAGACUCAAGGCAAGGAAAGCCCCAGGGAAGAAUGCCAUGCUAAAGAGACCAAGGAAACUUUUGUGAAAGCUCUAACUGCAAAAAACAACUAUGACGCCCAGAAAUGCUUCCUGUCUCCAACUGCUGCUCACAGACCCAAGAAUAAAAAGUGUGGGGCCUAUAAGUGCCGAUUAGUGGUAAAGGCUGAUGGGACCCAGAAGACCAACAAUGGCUGUCACAAGGUGAAAAUCAUGCCCUGCUCCUUCCCAGUGUCCAAGGACUCUUCCCCAAAAGGCCUUGAUCCCAACCUCAGCCACCAAAUGACCAAACGGAAGAGAAUGGUCCUGGUCAAGGAGAGGAAAGCAGCCCAGACCCUGAGCGCCAUUCUCCUGGCCUUCAUCAUCACGUGGACUCCAUAUAACAUCAUGGUCCUGGUCUCCACCUUCUGUGACAAAUGUGUUCCGGUCACCUUGUGGCACUUGGGUUACUGGUUGUGCUAUGUCAACAGCACUGUUAACCCCAUUUGCUAUGCCCUCUGCAACAAAACCUUCAGGAAGACCUUUAAGAUGCUGCUGCUUUGCAGAUGGAAAAAGAAAAAAGUAGAAGAAAAGUUGUACUGGCAGGGGAACAGCAAGCUCCCCUGAAAAGUAAACAACUCCCCUCAAAAGAAUGGCCAUAAUCGGCUUCCUCUAAAGAUGGAUGAGCUGAUUCUCGUUUAUUUAAUUUCAAAAAAGACAUCUUCCAGGUUGAGCCUCUGAAGGCUUCAUAAAGGCCUGAGGUCUGUUGCCAAAAAGGAGUCACAGCUGCCACAAUCACUGCCAUGUUGAAUGAUUCCUGACUAUGACCAAGGCUGCCUGACACCAGCGGAGUUCGCCGCUGAGGUGCAGAGACAGACUCAUGGCCUUUCACAGGAGCAGGCAGGCUGGGCCACCAGGAGCAAUGACUUAGACAGCUUAUGCCUGACCUUCUGGCAGAGCAGCAGAGACUGGGUGGAAAGCUUUCUCUGUGGAAACCUGUCACAGAGUUUUGUGCAAUAUGUAUGUGUUAUGAAGUCAUCUUGUGCCAAUGAGAACCAGAAGACUGUCAGUGUCACCUGCUAACAAAAGUGACAUUCAAAUGGCUUCUAAGACUCCAUUUCUUUAUCAACUCAUCAGUAUUUAUUACACAGCUAUUAUGUGUUCUGUACCAUGGUAUGUUUUCCUGUCCCUACAUCUGAGUAAAGAUCUUGCUUCUCCCUUUCCCGGCUGAUGCCAGUUCCUGGCACCCAGUGAAACCAUCCUGGCCUCCACAGAGCCAGCCUUCCUCUCGGAAUCCUGGCUCUGGAAGGACUGAUCACACCAAUCCUUUAAAGGGGUCUCUGUUCUGCUAAUAAGAUGACCAAGUCUCCUUGGCCAGUUAUUUUAGUUUUUACCAGUAGGUAUUUUUCCUUUUACCUAAACAAAUAUCACAUAUUCUAUUUCAUGCCAAUUAGACCCAUUUAGUCAUGCUCUGUUCUGAGAUGACUAGUUGUAUAAUAGCCCUUCACUGCAUUAAGAUAUUCUCCAAGUUACUCAGUCACGGUUCUCUUAAAUUGUUUUUAGAGGUCUUUCCUCUUCAAAAGUCAAACCUGAGGCAAAAUGUAGAAAACAAAUUUGGUUUCACUCUGUGCUUUCAAACUUUCUCCAGAGCUCUUUUGUAGGCCCCCAAUUUCCCUCAUCCAGACCCCAGUUCACAUUCAGACACAAGCAGGUCACUGUGCUGCCUUGAGUCAGAAGUACUACUUGGAGGGAUGGUCUGGGAAAGGCUUUCUUUUUUUUUUAAGUUCCUUCAAAUCAUGGCUCAGAAAUGACUUAUUCAUUCCUCUCAAUUUACCAUCAAAGAUGAGAAGCCCAUAAAAGUACAGUUGAGGCCCAGCGAAGCAGGCUAUAAUCACUAAAAAUGAAAGUCUCAUCUUUAAAAACAAAAUGUAAGUCACAAUAAUGUACAAAAAUAAAAGUUAUCAACAUGACACACUUUAGAGUAUCAGAAUGACAAAAAAAACUAACUUAAUUGGAAUCUAUGUAAGAACUAUUGAAUCUAAGAUUUUUUUGAUAAUUCUGAAAAUAAAUCAACGUGCAAGAAAUUGAACCUUUAAUGGUGCCUACAGCUAACGAGGGAGCACAAGGAAAGCAGUGUAGCACACAACCAGAAUUUUAAACAUGAAGCGCCCCUGUCAGUGAGCUCAUUAUUUAACUUGUUGAUUACAUCUGUGGUGGUUUAAAAAUCUCCAGACUUUAUUUCAUUUAAUACAGGCCAGUUCUUUUUCAGCCUCAUUCACUAAGGGGAUGUAAAAAUAGCUGAAUUAGUUGUCCUGGGAAUUAGGUAUGUACUUGUGUAUAGGAGAGCUUCAAUCUACCACUGAAAAGCAAAUCAGCCUCUUACAUGAAGCCCAAAGAGGGCUUUAGGGCAGUAGAACCCAGGCAGGACAAAGCUGGUACAUCGAGGCUUCUCCUCCAGCUCUGUGGGGACUUGAUGUUGAGAUUAAACACUUAGAAGUAACAUAGUUGUUGAGCCUUUAUGAAGGGCAGGUUGACACCUGCCAGAAAUUUGGUAGAGAAUAUUAAUUGGCUCAGUUCUCCAGGACAGAGGCUCCCAGGCCUAUGUGAUGCCAACAGGGUGUGAUUUCAGAGCAAACCUGUUCCACCAGCUCUAGAUAUGCAGUUGAUUCUUUUAGGUCAAGGCUUUGAUUUCUGAAAAAAAUGAAAAUCCCUCCAAGAAUGGCACUUUGGGCCUACGGUGGGCAUUCACCGUUCACCGUAGAGAAACAAGCUAAUUCAAACAAAAGAACACAGAACAGGGUGGGGGCAGGGUGGGGCAAGGGGUUAGGAGCACACUUUCACACUCUAUAAUUGCCUAGGAAUUAGCCUUUUUUGUCCAUCACCUUGUGAAAUUGAGAGCCCUAUGCUUCCUUCCUUAUCACUGGUUUGGGAAGCACUUGUUUUUGCAGACUACCUAUGAGCCUUGAAAUAGAUGAGGGAAAAAAAGCCCCAAACUACUAGAAGAAACUGGACUUCUUUAGAAUAGGAACCUCAGAAUUAGCAGAUCCUAUUGUAAACUACAGGGGCCGCAGGCGGGUGGGUGGGAUGUGGGCUGACUUUAAAUCCAGAGCCUUCUAUGCCCCCAGUCUCCCAAGGUCUGUCUAUGGUAAACUAUGCACAGCCAUGACUGGUUACCUAUUGGCUGCUAUGUUGCUAAUGUUGUGGUUUGUUUCUUCUUGGCUGUGAAUUUGAAGGCUUGUCGAGGAAUCUGUUAUCAGUGCAACUUUUGGUUAAAGCAUUUUGUCACUAUUCCUGACUUCUGCUUUGCUUGGUGAAUGUCCUUUCAGACUGAUGCUGGUGUUUGCCCCUUUGUAAUUGUGAAAUCUGUACCUAAUCUCUGGAUUGGAAUGUAGUUAUCUACUGUAAAUACUGGAAUUACAACAAUGGACAUGAGGGCUGGAUGCUUUUCUGUACCAUACCAGCAUUAUUCUGGAUAUUAAAGAACUUUAACCACACAAUAGUCCAGUGUGAAGCAUUUUUUUAAAAUGGUCUCAGGUUAGCUUGAUAGAUCCGUCUAUAUUAGAUAGAGAUCCCACACACUUUUGCAUGACCUGGCUAUUUAAGAAGGGAAGAGUUGAUGCAUAAUAUGGAUACAUAUCUUUCUUGCUUCCUUUGUGAUUUCCCCCUUUCCUCUCAGUUUCCAAUGAUGAAAUUAAGAUGAAAUAAUGAUGACAAGAUUCCUGUGACUAAAAUGCUUCCCUUUCCCUCCAGAACAAGGGAGGUGCGGCAGACCUCAAACCACAGCCCUUCAGCCAGAACAGGGCCUGCAACAAAGCAGAAAAGCAGCAUUUCCUCCUCAGCUGCUCAGAGCUAGUCAUUUCAUCCCCAUUGUACGUGAUGCCAAUUCCCAUAUCUCCCAUGCCAUUUCCCUGGUAAAUUUUCAAUUAAACUCUUGCCCAAUAAGGACUCCAGAUUCUGAGUAGGAGGGAGAAGGGAAAAAAGAUUUUUUAAGUAUCAGGGAAGGAGCAAGAAGAAAUUAAAAAUAAAUGCAAAUUAUGAUUAACACACAUAAUUUAGGGGGGUCACAGGGCAGGCAGUAUAGCACAGAGAAGACAAGCAGUGGCUCUAUAGCAUCUUACUACACUGAUGGACAAUAACUGCAAUGGGGUGUCAGGGGGGACUUGAUAAUAUGGGUGAAUGUAGUAACCAUAAUAUUGCUCAUGUGAAACCUUCCUAAGAUUGUAUAUCAAUGAUACUUUAAUAAAAAGUACGCAAGAAUUUUUUUCAGAAUAACUUUGGAGAAAAGCUGCAAGAGAAGUACAAAAAACUCCUAUACACAACACCCACCUUCCCCAAUUGUUAACAUUUUGCCACAUCUGUGCUCUAUGCAUGUGUACACACAUAUUUUUUCUAAGUUAUUUGGAGUAAAUGGCAGACAUUGUGUACACUGACCUAUAAAUACUUCAAUGAGUCUUUCUUAGGAACAAGAUUAUCUUACAUAAUCACAAUACAAAUUUUUAAAAAUCAAGAAAUUUAACAUUGCUACAGUAUUACUAUGUAAUAUAGUCAAUACUCAAAUUUUACUUGUGUCCAAAUGAUGGUCAUUAUAGGAAUUUCUUUUCCAGUUCAGGAUCUAAUCCAGGAACACACAUUGCAUUUAGUUAACUUGUCUCUUUAGACUCCUUCACUCUGGAAGAUAUCCUCAGCUUUCCACU